AUGAUGGUGGCUUGCUCGCAUGAUGAACUUGGGGCCCGAAACCUGCUGCGGCAUUUGCACAGUUCAUUGCAAAUCAACAAGUUGCGCGGUACCUCUUUGCUUCAAGACAAUUUUUUCGACCUGCUCCUCUUGGCCAAAAGACUACUACACGUAGACGUAGGCUCGUGCUGCGUGUUUCGGAGGCGGCACUUCUGCCGACGAAGCAGAUGCGCUUAUGCAGCACGCUUUGGAGGACUGCACGUCAUGGAGCCAAUCCGCCUACACGUCUGCGCAGCGCUUGUGCUGGGCUGGAAGGAUACCGGAAUCGUCUUGCAUGUCUCCGGAUGGAUGGCGGCUGUGGGCCAUUUGGUCCCCCAGCUCCGCACUUAUGAGUCUGGCCAUUCUGGGCGUGCAUGGGUCCUGUAG